GGAGAGUUCUGCUAUAAACCCGCGCCCACCCCACCCCCACUCAUCGUCUCAGGCUCCGGGCUCCCAGCGUCGGAAGGCUAGGGUUCCUGCACCGAGCCCGCUCCUCCCCUCACCCAUGGUGCUGUACUAUCACUAUGGGUACGGGAGCCCCCGUUUCCUGGAGGUUGCCCAGGGCUUCCACCAGCGCGGGAUCCCCUGGUCCGAGGCGAGAGGGGGAGCCGGCGUCGCCGUGAAGAAGGUCAAGCGCUAUCUCGCGGAGAUGGACAAGGCGGUGAACUACGACUACUACUACGACGACGAGCUCCGCUACACCCGCUUCAAGUCGCCCUUCGACCGCCGCCCCCUCGUUGGCCGCCGCACACGAUACAGGAAGAACGAGGGGAAGCGCACCCUCCGCCUCGUCGGGAGCAGCACCGCGAACUACAUGCGGCAAUGUGAGGAGGAUGCAUUUGGUGAUUUCGACAGCGAUGACUGGGAGGACGAGGUGUAGGAGGGCCGUAAGAACACCAACAGGCAACAGAUUGAGCAAGGGAGUACUGUACAGUCCGCGGGUGGUCAUCAUGUCUUGGGACGCUGGACUUGUUACAUAUCUGCAUAGUUUUUUUUACGUUCAUGAAAUUUUUGCUAUGUGAGGAGAGCGUUGGCCUGUAAUAGUUUUUGCACUCUCCAUGCGCGUUUUAUUUUCCACGCAUAUAUGCCCUCGUAAUGUCAGUUUUUCACGCUUCCAGUGGAAUGAGACCUGGACAAGAUUUCUAAAUUCUAACUGU